ACUUUUAUCUUUACUUUUUCAGGCAAAAUGGUGGAUGUUUAGUAGAGAGCGAGACAGGGAGGUUUGGUGAAGAAAUCCGUGAAAAUGGGUUGAGAAUGGGUUUAAAAAUGGCCGAAUCUUGUAUUUGUGUACUCUGCAAAGUACCAAUUAAUGACAGUUUUGUUAUGAAAGUGGGACUAGCGGCACUCCACGAGUCCUGUUUGAAGUGCCACACAUGUGGCUGUUCUCUCACCCAUACCUGUUUCCUAAAAACAGGCCACUUUUACUGCAAACAGGACUUUUACCACAUAUUCGGACCAAGGUGUGUUGGUUGUCAGUUGACGUUUGCUGGAUCUGAAAAGGUUCGGAAAAUACAAGAUUCUUUCUUCCACGGACAAUGUUUCAAAUGCUUCGAUUGCGCAAUAGAUCUGAGUAAAGCUUCUAGAAUAGGCUCAGACGGAAACGGAAAUAUUCUUUGUGAAUUCCACUUUAACAAGCACAAGCUCAUCCUCAGUAGACGAAAGGGGGACGAGUUGGACGAGUCGGAGAUGGACGAAAAAUCCGUUAAAAAAGAGUUCGAGGAAUGUAAAGACAUAAAGGACGAGAGUGAUAUGAAAGGACGAGCUGUGAUCAAGGAUGAGGACGAGGACGAAGCAAGGGACGAGGAUCCGAAAGCUAAACGGAAACGCGGACCAAAGACGACGAUCCAACCGAACCAGUUGACGAUUCUUCGAACUUGUUUUGAUAAAAACCCUAAACCUAGUCCAAAAAUAUUCGAAGAAUUGUCCAAAGACACCGGACUCACAAAGCGCGUAAUACAGGUUUGGUUUCAAAACCGGAGAAGUAAAAAGAAACGAAUCAACAAUAUGCAGGCUCUGAUGCAGGUUGGGUUUGGUCAGGAUCAGUAUCAGGGUUGGGAUCAACCUCUCCAUCCGUCCUGCUACCCCUUCCAGCAUCAUUCCUUCACCAACCUCUCCUCCUACCAGGAGAAAAUGCUCAUGUUUGAGAAUACCGAACAAGGAUAUGGGAACCAAGACUGUUUUCCCUCACCCCCUAUUCUUCCAUCAGAUUUCCCCAUCUCAGAUUUCCCCCUGGAGGAAACCCUGCAGGGGGGAAUUUUCCCCUCCCCCGACUCCUGAUAUUACACCCCCUGCAACCCAGUAGAGAAAUCUGAACCUGGGAUAUAACUUUGUAGUUUAAACAAGUUUGA